AAAUAUCAGAGAAAAUUUGAAAUUCGAUACAUCAUGCUUUCAGAGAAUAAUUCCCUCAAAAGAUUCGAAAGAAGGACUUGGCAUCUGAUCAAUGCGAAUGCGUUAUUUGCUUCGCAACGUCUGGGUACAAAAAUUAACCAACAUAUUUCAAUAGCAGACCGUUGCUACCUAGCGCAAAUCCCUUGUUACCAAAUUCCUUGAAAAAUUUGACGUUGUAAAGGUUCCCUGGGAUGUUGUUAGCACUCUUGUCAAAACUGAAGUUCUCUCCACCAUCAGUACUGACAUACAUCGUGUUGGAUCCACCCACAGCCCAGACUUCCUUCUUGUUUCUCCACGCAACGUCUGUAAUUCCAAAUCCACCAGUCUUGAUAUUUGCCUCCUUAAAAUCGAAGGUAUCGGACUUGAGGUCAGGUUCUGAAUUGCAGAUCAGAAGCUUGCCUCCGUUCAAUGUCAUCCAUACACCCUUAUUGAUGUCACCCUCAACAAACCCCAUAUUCUGRAUGCGUCUCGGAGUUCCUCUGUUGUGCGGAAUCCAGAAAUCGUUACCGGGUUCCCAUGUGAGGAAAAAGUUUCCACGGCUAGAUACGGCCAGAUAUGCGCCAUCGUCAUCACGAAUUUGAGAAAUAAUGCUACCUGUGAAGUAGGAGGCUCCACUGACACCACUGCUGGAAAUACGAUUCAAUGUAGCAUCGAUUGUUUCCUUCACUUGCGCCUUCCAGUUUCUUCCUGCAUUUUCUGUCACAUAUACAGCACCGACUGAUGUUGUCAUUUCAGCUUUACCAGGUCCCAAUGAUGUGAUCGAUGUUGGCUCACCAGGAAGCUUCGGUGAGAGAGGAAUACGUUCCCAUGUCUUACCAGCGUCCUUGGUGUGAAGCAUAAGUGUAGGUUUUCCCAACACCCAUCCCUCUCCAUCGGUAAAGGACGAUACUGUGAAUCUGUAGGUUACUUCUUCCUCUGCAUCCAAGUUCGAGAAAGAACGAGCUUCCCACGUUUCUCCUCCAUCGUUAGUUUCCGCAAACGACCCACGUGCUCCAACUAAGUAUCCAUGUGUUGGACUGUUUUUUCAUGAAUCGUAAAAUCAAAGUGCUAUUGAGAUGGAGUGGAAUAAUCGGAUUUAAGAAUCCGAGAAAAUCGCUUCUGAUCGCUAUGUAUAAGGCGAAAUGGAUACUUACGUGUCAAAAUCAAUAUCGUACAAUGUCUCCGAAAAUGGUAGAGCAACUGGUUUCCACAUUUGUGAAGAGGCGGCUUUUGCGGGUUCUGUAGGCACACCGAGAGUCCCCGUCGCCGAGGCGAAUGCAGCAGCAGCAACUGUAGAUCCACUCUGURUAGGUWUUUUAAGUUAAGGUUUCAAAAAGUCUUUUUCAGCACAGAGUUGUUCAUGAUAUGCACUCAUCUUGUCCRUCAGAAAGGUCACAAAAACACUUCGACUACGCUCACCUUGGUUACAAAGCUUCGCCUAUCAUCCGUACUGGUGUUGAUUCCGUUGUCCUCGAUCUGAAGGUUUAAYUUAGUUGAGGAGAAUCCGUGGAUAUCGGUCGAUGGCAUAAAAGCCGAAGCAGCUCCUAAGAGAAAGGCAAAGACAGCUGUCGUUCUGAAGAGCAUGAUGAUUCUGUUUASUUAAUAUUCUUGUUAACRAUUAUGAAUAAUGUAAUGCUGCACRAUCAGUCGAGACACACAGUUCUCAGGAUGUAGUAUYAACUGACAUYGGCUGAACCAAAAYAGCAUCAUCAUCAUCAUCAUCCAAUCUCAAAUUUAGGCUACCGUACCGUACGAUAGAAUCGAGGUGACAGCAGUUGCUCCACGACAGAUUUUCUAAGUCAGAUUCAAUAUGUCGAUGCGCACAUGUAGCAACGUGAUGUGUCACAAUUAUUGAAASCUAAUCGUACAAGGAACCUGGUGCGGAGGUACAGUACCAUAAGUUAAAACUCGUACAUUAUGUACCGUAGACUACAAGAUCUCAUGGCAGCCUUGUAUUUAUUGUGCUACGAGACAUUCGUUCGUAGCCUGCCGUASGGUGCGUACCUUACGUACGAGUAGUAUUGUAUGAACUGAGAACUAGAGCUGAAGUCCAAGAAAGAAAAAAGUGGAAAAUAUUUCUUUUGGCAACGGAACACGUACACGUAAGUACGUACGCGUUCUCAUGAUAUCAAAGCGACUAAAGACCCUAACCCUAAGUUAUUCAAAAAUACCUGAGUAUCUGUCAGGGCCCUCAGUUAGAAUUUUUUUAAAAUUAAAUAGUUUCCUGUACACCCCACGAAACAAGGGGAAACAAAGAGAAUACUUCUCUUUGUUUAAAAGGGCAAUAUUCUCAUUGUUUCUCGUUGUUGUAACAAAGAGAACAAACUAAGAGAACAUUGCCUCUCCUUGUUUCUCUUUGUUUCACAUUGUUUAAAUAAGGAGAAACAACAAGAAUAUUKCCUGGGCUAUUUUCUCAUUGUUUCUCUUUGUUUAAGCAGAGUGAAUUUAACCUGGGCACUAUUCUCUGUAUUUUUACAUAGUGAAAUUAUGGGAGCAAUUCCCAUUCAUACAAGGAGAAACAAAGAGAAUAUUCCCCGGGCAAUAUUCUUACUAUCUUUGUUUCUUCAUGUUUAUACAAAGAGAAACAAAAAGAAUAUUGCUUCUCCUUGUUUCUCUUUGAUUUGUUGAUUUUUAACAAAGAGAAACAAAGAUAAUAUUGCCUGGGAAAUUCUCUCUUUGUUUCUCUUUGUUUAAACAUGAAAAAACCUAUGGGAAACCCUGAUCUUGGUUGGUGACUGUCUUCCUUAAAAACUAAUGGAGGGCCCUGYACUGGCCGGCUGUUUUACCAUACCAGUAGGACAUUGGGUCAUUCCCAAUAAGAUAUCAUAUGCAUUCUGGAAUCAUUUUCAGUGGUAUUGAAAACUCUGCAGGCUUGCUGCUGACAGUACAUAUUUUYYCCCCAUUUUGGUAAUUUGGAAUCCCAUAUACUAAUUUAAGGCACAUAYAGUAAUACUAAUUUAGGGUGCAUGYGCCCAGUGACUGUCUUUGAAGGCCCGCCUGCUCAGGAGACUGAUUUUUCACUAGUUAAGGAUUCCAAUAAAGUUUUAUGUAAAAUACACAGAUCUUGGUUSUUGUGGGCCCACUACAACCAGUGUCUGAGUAUUUGAGAUGCAUAAAUUGAGCAGGCCUGUCAAAAAAGACAUGUUUCAAUGUUAUCGGGAAUGGCCCAUUAGUAUGAUGAGGUGCUUACAACCACAAUCACAGCUGUUCAAAACCCAUCUUUUGGAGAUUUUUUUAAUGACAAGUUUAGGGUUAAUCUAAGUUAGGGACAAGAAUACCAAUAUUUGGUAAGAAUCAAGCAAUGUGAUUGGCUAAUUUCAUGAUUGACUGGUUUGAUUUGGUCAUACUGGUAGGUAGAUUUUCAUCCAGGAGAGGAGAAAAAGCAGAUUUUGUUUUUCUUCCUUAGAAUACUUUUUGACUACUAACUACUAGAAUAAAUUUUUGACUAGUUAGAAUACAUUUUUGACUGAUUAGAAUAAGUUUUUGACAAGUUAGAUUUUUUUGAAUGACUCUAUUUUUGUGAUACCCUGAACUCUUAAAGGCAAAUUGGCCGUAAACUGUCCUACUAUUCUUGAACAGCUGUGCAACAUGCGUACAAAUACUUUCUGCAAUGUGCCUAUGUUCUAGUACAAAAUUGUUAUCAAUUUAUUGGGUGAUUGCUUCCUGUUAGUAAUACGGUGAUUCCCACUAUUAUAUAGUAAUUCUAAAUUUGAUAGACAGACAGACCAAAAAAUUAGCAUUCUAUAACAAAAAUUUAGCAUUUUUUGAAUGAGUCAAAGAACCCCAUUUAAAAUAUGCUAGAUCCAUUACGGAACCCAAAAAUCAAAAUUUUGAGUCCGUUUUAGUACUAAGAUUCCUCAACAGAAAGUGCCCCAGAAUCUGAAGACUAUUUGAUAAAAUUAAGGAGACUCUGCUAUCCUAAACAAGAAUAAAGAGAGGCACCUCUGUCAAGAAUGGCGCCCACAUAAACUGUGUUCUAAUUAGUGCUCUCUCUUUCUUUGUUUCACCAAAGAGAGCAGCACCAGCAGGAGGAGGAGGAGGCUGGUGACUACAAAGAGGCAAUUGAUUGCCUGAUCCCCUUGUUCAGAUGGAUCAAACUGGUGCCAAAGGAGGCAAUGGCAUUUGCAAGGCUGGUAAUAGAAACUACUUGGAGGAUGAGCUCACAAAGAAGUCUCGUGGGUUUGAUCUUCUUGGAUAUGCUCCCCAUUGAUGCUGAUGGUUGGGAUCUGCUUGUUGCAAACAAGCGUUCACAAAGUUGGACUUACUCUAGAAGCAAGACCUCCAUCAAGACUAAGUACUAUGGAGCUUCCAAAUGCAUCAAGAGCUCAACAGCAAAUCCACAGAUGCCAGAGUAUGUGAAGAUGGCCUGACAGGGCCAUAUCUUGAUUGGCAAGAAGGCAAAUAUUGGUACUGGAGAGGAGGGCUUUGAUGUGAAGAAAGGAUUCAUUAAGAGUGAGGCUGGAGUGGUUUCACCAGCAGGAGAGGACACCUCACCUGAAGCACGGACUGUAGGAGGAGCAUUGAUUGUUGCUGGUCAAGGAGCAUCAACUGCUGCUGCUGCUGGAGGAGCGUUAAUCUUUGCUGGUGGUGCUUGAGGGGGAGCAUCCACUGCAGCUACUAUCCUUGCUUGUGGCACAGCAUUGACUUCURUUGUUGCUGAUGGAGGCCCAUCAUCUGUAGUAUGGCUGCCACACCUACUCCCAAGAAGAGAUUAUAUCAGCAGAAGAAAUCCACUGUUCCAGAUGCAGCUGCCUUCAAUGAGYACAUUAGGAUCCAGCAACAAAGAGACACCAAAGAAAGUUGUGAGUUCUGGUGGAAGGAAGCUCUUGUAACKGCUGUUACUAACAUUUUUUKAUAUUAGUUGUGAAGUCAUUGGAUKAUACAGCUGUUGGUUGCAGUAGUACURGCAGCUUCAGUCUGUGCCGACAUCAAUWKCUGUAGCAACUUGYRUUGCAAUUGCUAUUGCCAUAGCCAUUUGUUUUGUGGUUUGCCUUCACUGGCUUGUURUCRGCUGGCCUCUUUGUCAUUCUGCUCAUUUCACAMCUUCACCAACGGCACCACAAACCCAGUACCACAGCAGUAUGUACAACUUCUCAGAAAUUUACAGAUCCAAAAACUUCUACAGCUUUUCCUACAGGGCCCAGUACUGGGACCYGUGCACAUAUGAACACCUCAGAAAAUAACUUGCCCAAAAUGGCCAAGUUAUUUUCUGAUGGACACUCCCSUACCCACCGGACCAGUACUGACAAUGCAAGCUCAUUAACYGCCUUAGAAAAAAAUUGUCCAAUACAACCAAGUUAUUUUCUGAUGCAUAUCAUGCAGAAACACAUCCAGCUUCCCCCUGCCUAUCCCCAGCACUGCCCACUCAAAUUCAGAGAAAAAUUGGAAAUUUCCAAUUUCAUUCCCUAUCUGAGAAUGAAAGGGGAAAUUUCCAAAUUUUUAUCAGCAAGCUGAAUGAUGUGCAUCUUCAGCACCAUCAUCCCUAUCAUUYAUCUUUGUUGUCUUCUGAUACAAGUAUCUCCAGUUCAUCUUUGUCUUCUGGCACCUCACCAACUUGUCCAACACAGGUUACUUUUAUCAGUGACAGCAAGGCACUAAUCACUAGACUCCAAUCCAGAUGUGAAUACAYAGAGGUCUAUGCCAAUGCUACUCUGGCACCAGACUUUGAUUUGAUUGAACAGAUCUUUCAAACCAUCCAGUCUCCAACCAUCACCUGCUCUUUCUCUUGGGUGAAAGGUCACCAAGAUGACACCAUUGCUUUUGAUUGACUUCCUCUGACAGUCCAACUGAAUGUCAAAGCUGACAGUUAUGCUGGUGCCUUUCAAGCUCAGAUGACUACGYCAAACUUCAUCACCCCUUUUUUACCUUCAUKUCCAGCCRUUCUUCAGAUCCAAUCUCGCUCCAUCRCCAGCCAAUAUAAGAGAGCUCUCACGGAUUCUUGUUUGAUCCCCCAAUAUCACACAUACUUGACAGAGAGGAACCAGUGGUCCCCACGAGUGCUUGCYRAUAUUGCCUGGAAGUCCCUGAGCAUUGCUAUCAUCAAUUGCRUCUCCAGGAACGUCUUGGUCACUAAAUGUUGCAACCACAUCCUGCCCAUUGCCACUGUUCUCAAAAGGUGGAACUACCAACAACAUGAUACUUGUUGUCUUUGCCAGAUGCCUGAAGAUUCUGAGCAUCUCUUUAGAUGUUCUCACCUAUCACAACUCAGAUGGCGAUGACAGACUAUUACCUCUCUACGACAACGGAUGUCCACACUUGGCUUCUGGCUAAUUGCCAUCGACACUCUUCCUACAUGUCUUACCAAAUGGCUCAACACUGGCACAGUUUCUCCAGAGAAAUAUCCUACAUCCCUUCAUCCAGUUAUUCAUUUCCAGAGUGAGAUUGGUUGGCACCACGUGUUUGCCAGUCACAUUUUGCUCGUCCAGUGGUUUACUGAUCUUGAUCUUCAUUCCAGCUYUUACUCCCCACUCAUAUUGGGGGGCUAUCUUGUGGAAUUCUUYCUUACCUCCUAUCAACCCUAACCCCAACCCCAAACCUUCUUAUGGAUUACACCUGCCUCCAUGCUCACAUAUUACUAUGAGAAAACAAUUCUGGCAAGUGUCAACCAAGYSUCAAGUGCUUUGGUCUCCAACACUUGCCCUAUUACCCAGUACUUUAYGCCAAUGCCCCAUAGUAAACAWCCACUGGAGAGUGUCACACAAGAUUUGCYGGUCUUUGAYRCCUACUGGAAAAAGAAGCAACAYAAACAACCUGUUGUGCCAGAUACUUCUUUGGCUCCUCAAGUUCCUUCUUCCAGUUUACUCCAAACCAAGCUCAAUCAAUUCUUUUAAAUCCAGCAAAACCAACCCUUGGUUGCACUUCCACCAAAACUCCUUCUUGGAGGGAAGUGCCGCCCCUUGGAGCAGAUAGAAGCAUUCUUUCCACCAAAAGCUAUGGUUCUGGCCACAUAGUGCCUCUUCUAGCUCACAAGGUUAAAUAUAAUAUUAAGUUUUUUUUGUGGUUUGCCAUAUGGAGCAUUUCUAAUUGAUGACCAAACAUCUUUUGAUACAACCAAAGCAACCACAGCAACUAUUUGACCAUGGGAUUCACCUACAGAACACCUCAUUUCCAUCAGGAGAGAGCGUUCUUCCUACAUAGAAGAAGUAGCCUCCUGCAAGGGGAUCUGGUUGUGUCAUAUGGUACUGCACUGGAAGUUGUAAAAGUUGAUGAGGAGGUUCAUGGUGAUCCUUCUUUCACCAAGGUUAAUUCUUGGAAACUGUCCUUGAAUCAUCAGCAUCCCCCAUUCCAACAUCUGUCUCAAGGAUGUGACAUCCCUGUUGAGAAGUAUCCCCUCUGCCUGUUCCGGAUCCCUUUGUGAGCUCUUGAUGAGGAUAUGCUCCUUAUCUUUCAGGGCAGAGGCUGAAUCCACCAUMACCUUUGCAUUGGACUGGUCAUGGACAUCCCCAAUCCUCUGAUAGACACUGUGCUGGUCAGCAACAGCACUGUCAUGCCAGGCCCCUGGGCAGUUGUACACUGCWAUUCUGAUUCUGUCAUCUGGGUAAAGACAAACACACUACUGAUAUUCUAUAGGCUGAGCUUCUAAAACAAUGUAUGAUGCAGUCAUACAUUAGCAAUUGUGUAUAUACAACCCUAUAGACCUAUAACCCCCCACAUGACAAUAUUUAUGUUUAAAUUUCCUUUCAAUUCAUAUGCUUAUCAUUGUUUAGCAUCCAUUGGGGACCAAGACACAGCUCAAAUACUCAGUUKAAGACUAAAACAGUUAUACAGUUAAAGUAUCUGUAUAGAGUGGGCRGAGAGUUUCUGACUGUAUCAUGUGUACAUUUUCAAUCCUAUGUUUGUACACAAAUAUYAAUAUAUUCCACUACUAUGACCCCCCAACUCACCCAUACAAUUAAAAGCUCCCAGUACAAGUACUGUGCAUUGAGCACAUGCAUUUUGUAUGCAUUAAUUUAGUCAAAGUAAUCAUCACACACAAAAAUAAGGGCCCAAAAUAUACAACUGGUUCUUGCAUUGGUUCGCAACUCUAUAUGAUACUAUGUGUGGAUUUUGGACCAUCUUUUCACUGUGUACUAAUGACUCAUGAGAUGAAAUAUUUGAGUUGUACUACUGGUACAGCAAGAGCACGUGCAAGUGAAACUAUUUGGUUGCAAGACUGAACCAUGCAAAACUAUUUGGUCGUACRCAGUGCUGUGGGAUUCAAAAAUUCAGCACCAGUUCUUUAGUCAAAGUAUUCAAUACAUGCAACGUAAGGGGCUGUAAUCUUCAGCUGGAUUGUAGAUUUGCUGGCUGAGCCUACGAUAUGUGUUCUCCUUCCAUGCAUUGUAGAAUGGUCUUUGUUUAUACCAGUCUCUUCAUGACUUGCUUGAGACCAUCAGCUGCAGCCCAAAUGAAAUGUUCUCCAAGGCGUGGAUACUUGUUCCCAAUAGCUUUAAUGUAAGCAUCCACUUCUUUCUUGUCUGGUACACUGACCAUGGUAUUUGGGUGUUUGUGAAGAGCAACAAGCAUCACUCUCCUUGAAAACUUGAGCCACUUGUAYGUCACUGUUUUUGUCUAGCCAAAGGCCAUGGUCAUUGACCCUGUAACAGAUCCUCUUGUCCCAUACCAAUAGAGGACCAGUCCAAUAGCACAGACUGCACUGACCUCCCUCUUCUUCCCUUUGGGCUUUCUACUGGGGUAACAAGCAACUUUGACUAUGUUGUAAUUGUUAUCCACAGUAUACUUGUUGUAAACAGGAGCAAACACAUCAAACAGCUCCCUGAAGACCUUGUACUCCACACCACAGCAGUUGAGAGUGCUUGAUCAAGCCCAGAGUGGAACAUAUGGAGGAAGGGAGAAUCUGCAUAUCUCUGGAUUGCAAGCCAGGGAGUUCUCCUGUCCUUCCUGCGUCUCUCUUCUGGAAUAAGUUUGUUUUUAUAACUUUGGGCUUCUUGCUCCUGCUUGUCAUUCAACUGGAUGUACCAGUACAUCAUGAUGACCCCCAUCACUCCCAUCAUUGUUGAAGUAGCCUUCUUUCUUGCUACUAGGAGGAAACCUUAGUCUGUUAGUGCAUUUAAUAGCAACUUGUGCAAGGAACAUGAAUAUUUUUGAUACAAAAUUAUGAAAAUAGGUGAUGUGUAUGUUCAUUUCACUAUGUUCAAAAUUUCAUGGUUUUGUUAGUACCAGAGAUGUGCGCCAGCCUCUUUUAAGUCUUAGCAGUCUUUGCAUUGAAGUAUAGUUAAGAUUCCAGAUUCCAAAAACAACUGCCAUUGAGCCAGCAUUCCUCUCAGUCUGUCYGUUGAAAUUUUGAUUCCCUUUAUGAUAAAUUUUUAUAAAUACUAAAUCUAGUGGUUUGGCAUUCUAUAAUAAUGGGAAUCGCACAUAGAAUUGCUAAAUUUGAUAGACUGACAGACAAAAAAUUAUAAACAGGGAUAGAUUUAGUAGCAAAUAAGCUAAAUCUAUGAAGGAACCCACAAAGGACAGUAGUAUCAUGGGAUUUUUAUUUUUUUGGUACUUGGCUCUUUGUACCAGAGUGCAUUAUGUUCUCUUUUUACUAGUCAUAUAUCAUGUUGAAAUAAGAGUUGCAGUUCCAAAUUCCCAAAAAGACUGUUAUCAAGCCCACAUUCCUGACAGUCUGUCAGUUGAAAUAUUUAUUCCUGUCAUUAUAGAAAUGCUAAGACAUGUGCUAGUCUAGCACAUUUAGCAAUUCUAUAAUAAUGGGAAUUAUCCAUUUCAUUCAAAAAACUUUUUCCAGGACCCUCAGGACCCUACUUACAGCAGUACUAGGGAUGGUCACACAAGGCCCCCCCACAUUUUUAACUUUUCAUAACUCACCUGCUGAAAGCUCCAAAUAAAUUUUUCUCAGUUCUUCAGGAGUUAACUCUCACCUUCACUCUUCUUGCACCUGURGACUCAAGCACAAUUCCUACUUGCAAGAAAGUUAAUAUUUUCUUCAUUUUCAAUGGAGAUGUAUGUGAGGGUAGCAACAUUUUGCAACACAAGCUACAAAUAAGUAAAUUGCUGUGUGGCAACAUGAGUUAUGAAAAAUUGUAUCUGUCCCUCUACAAUUUGGAAGUUGUUCUGGGGUGCUGUGGACUCAUGGAUUCUUGAAAAGGGCCCAGUUGUUAAAAUUCCAAAAAGCACCACACUAUGGCCAUGCUAUUGUCUGGUAAUAYAUUAUGAUGUUGUAGUCUAGGCAUCAUCCACGCAUGGAGAAAUGCUCUGAAGAUGGGCUCACUCAGUCUGUUGGAGAGAUUUGGUGAUCAGCAGUAAGACAACCCAGUAGGGAGCUUAAUACCCUCCACACAUUGCUAGAUUCAGGGAUUAACCCAGGCAAUGUGUGACUCAAAGGUGUCAAUAGAGUCACCAAUGUACCUGUGACCAACUUAGAACUUUAAGUUGAAUUCACUAUGAUCUUCAUGGGCCCUUGCUUUGUGGUCAGGGUUUAUGAUAAAGAUGAUUAAUUAGCAUUUAUGAAUUCUUUACAAUGUUACAGUAAGGGUCGACAAUAACGUCUUGGAGAUCAUUCUCAUCGGCAUACCUUCAGUACUGAUCUCAGCCCAAGUUUCAUGCUAAAAUAAUGUAUCUACUUAAUCUUCCUCGACAACGCAUUCUUCACAUUCGUGUUAGCUAUUGCAUCGCGGUUCAACCUAGUCAGAGCUGGUCUCACAUACCGUAGCGAAUGCGUCAAAUAAAUUCCGCUUGAAAAGACUACAAUGCUUCCCACCUGAUGAGCAGCUGCAAGUGACAGGGGAACAUAUUGAAGAAGUGUUGUGAUACCAAGCAACAUCUGUGCGACAGAACUCGACCCAAUAGCAUACAAACCCAUGCGGACCUGGGGUGUAAACAAGACACCUGAUUUUCCUUUGAAUGGCAAUGCCAAGCCCAAACCCGUAAGUCCAACGGCUGCAAUAGCGGUUGACAYGCCAAGAACACGAUGGUUAAAUUGAACGGUCGCCGUGUUUUCCUUCAGGUUUCGAUGCCAAGGAGUCAAGUCCGCUAUCUCUGACGGGAUCCAUUCUCCAUCCAUCUUUGGAAAUGUGUUGUAMGCCCGCCCGGCAUCAUUUCCUGCAACCAAUGCACCACUUACAAUGGUAAGGCCAGUCAACGACGUCACAAAGAUACUUCCUGACCUCAAACGCAAUGCCCGAUGGAGCGUUCCCUUAUURAAGAAUUUCGAUGCUUGCUCUGCCAAAGUCUUUUGGUGGGGAAGCCCUAGAAUAUCCAACCCAGUCCAUAGGAGUGCUCCAUAAGUAGCGACCGCCAUCGUCAGGUGCGCUGUCAAACGAAUUGGACGAACGCGGAUCUCUUUUUUGUCACCAAACCUAUCGYUUCCUAAACCAGAUUUYACCAUCCACCAUCCAACCAGCCCUUGGGUACCUCCCAUCGCAAGCAAUCCAAGCAUUCGUUUUUGAUACCCCUUUGGUAUCAGUUUCUUCGCGCUAAAGUAAGCCCAUGGUAAAACGAAUGCCAAUCCUACCGCUCUCCCUAGCAUUCGAUGCCCAUAUUCCCAUCCRUAAAUGAACUUGAAUUCUGACA